GACGAGGAAGCUGCCGAAGUGGUCUUGGAUCCUGAGGGGCAAGAGGAGGCAGAGGCAGAGGAGGAGACGGUGGGGGAGAUGGAGGGAAAUGAAUGGGAGGAGGCCGAAGGAGACGAGGAAGGGAUCGGGGAGGAAACGCCGGAGGGGACGGAUGUGAGGCUUGCUUCGGACAAGCUACCAUUCCAGUUUGAGGGGACUCGACCGCCAGCCUCACGAGCUGCCACAAUUGAGCCCAUGGCCAGUGAAGAGGCGGUUAGAGCCCGAGCUGAGGUGAGGAGCAGCUCGUAUGAGAAAUCGAAAACCUUGGGAGAAGAGUCUGACACUUUUCAUCCGGCACAGGUGGUCUGGCUGGUCCUUCGCGGAGUAUAUGCACGCCUAGCAAGGCAAGUAGGAGAAUCGCAUGUAGGGGGCACAAGCGGACGGAAGAAGAAAUCGAAGGGUGCUAUAUCUGGCAAGAAGAGCGCCCCGACCAAUCGCCCUAGUGGAUCCUCUACUACGCCCACUGCCCCUAAGGGUGGACGAAAGACGUACGAGGAGCUCAUAGUUGGGCAAGUGCAGAAUGUUGAUGUGGUAUGCAGACGUAUGAGCCCACGAGAGAAGUCGAGACGAGUUGGGAAGGCAUCAGUUACCACGAGUCCCAGGCCUACAGUCGCUGAGGAGUUCACCGAGGAGGAUGAGAAUGAGAGCGCGCAGGAGGAUGAAACCGCUGAUGCACAGGAGGGUAUAGAACGUAUCCAGAGUAGAGGAGGAGACUCUGGGAUAACUGGGACCGAUAUUGAGGAUGAUCAUCCUCCUGAGGCCG